AUCGUCAUUUAGUCGUCACAUCCGGUCCACUUGGCAACAUGGCUACUAACGCUUCGGCUAAACUCUCUGUGUUUGUAACCUGUUUAGUUAUACUUUUCUCUGUGGCUUCUGCGGCAGGGAGAGCUAAAGGCGCUUUGCAACUCACUGAGAAUGACUGGAGACGGAUGUUAGAUGGAGAAUGGAUGGUUGAAUUUCAUGCUCCAUGGUGCCCAGCAUGCAAGUCACUUGAGCUAACCUGGAAUGAUUUUGCAAAUUGGAGCGACGAUCUAGGCAUCAACGUUGCACAAGUUGAUGUGACAGCUAAUCCGGGCCUAAGUGGCAGAUUCGUUGUUACUGCCUUGCCAACUAUAUUCCAUGUAAAAGAGGGUGAGUUCAGACAGUACAAUGGGGCUCGAGACAAAGAUGAGCUUAUUACCUACAUCGAGGAGAAAAAAUGGUCAUCUGUAGAUCCUCUACCUGCAUGGAAACACCCUGAUUCAAUCCACAUGGGAGGCCUUGGUCUUUUCUUUAGGCUAUCCAUGUUUCUAAGGGCAUUGCACACAACCUUGAUGGACGAGUAUGGACUCCCGUACUGGGCUUCUUACCUGGUGUUUGCCAUCGGAACGAUCAUAGUUGGAUCCAUUCUCGGUCUGCUUAUUGUGUGCUGCAUCGACUGUGUCUUCCCUGCCUCCAAAGUAUCCACAGCAGAUGCCAAAAAGAAAAAGGACGACGAUUACCAAUCGGGGCAGAAAUCAGGGAGCGAGAAUUCAGCCACGGAGGCAGAUGAUGAAAGCUCCAGUAGAGAUAGCGAGGACGCUAUUCCAGAUGACAGCAAGGCAGGUGGAGAUACCAGUAAGAAAGAUGCUGGUUCUUCCAAAGCUGGGCACACAGGCUCAUCGCCAAGGAAGAGGAAGACCAAGCCGAAGAGGGAUGAGUGACACUAUUGACAAAGAUGACCUCAGUGUUUGCUUGUGAUAAGGACGUCUGCGGGUGAUGAUAUGAAGGAGAUGCGUGCCAAGCAAUCCAACAUAAUGAUGCUGUAUGACCGGGAUGAGUAUCGCGCUGGACAAGUGGUAAUAAAGGGUGCUAUAAGACUGCGUUUUGAAAAUGCUUGUCCUGCGCGAACUCCCAUCGGGGCUGUGUACAGACAAUGGCACAGGCAUUUUGCCAUAGUCCCUGCUGAAACCUUGUACAUUACCCAUAGGUUUUGGUUUUAUUGUUGUUGUAACUUGAAAACAAGCAUGUUUAGGAACAACUUUAGGACUAGUCGACUGACCCGUAAAUAAAAAGGUGCAUUUUCAUACAAGUGUAUCACUCAGUGUCCCCAAAGUAAGUGUAUCAUAUCAGCAUGAGUUGGUAAGAUAACAUGCAUCAUUGCUUGAUUGAGUCUAAAUGCACUACUCGUUACAUACAUCUUCAACUGUUACUAUUGCACAUAAAAUUAUCUAACACAACUUAUCUGUUGCAUGGAUUGUUUAUUCACCUUCCCUGAAGGGCAGGAAGUACAUCAACGCAUGUACUGCAUGCCAUACACGUGAUAAAUUUUUUUUUUAACAUUCACAAUUUUGGGGGGAUAUAUGUAAAUGUACAUGAUCUCUAUUAUCUUGUUUAUUGGUAUUCUCUCUAGCAUUUUCAUCACUGAUCAAUGAAGGUUUGAAAUAUAUUGUUUACAUACUGUUUGACGUAUUAAAAUACUAGUGUGGAGCAAGUUUGACCAAGUAAUUAUUCUUGUCUUUGGUAAUACUACUUAACUGUACAGCGGGUGAAAUGUGCUUGCAGUCAUGUUUUUUGACAUAUCAAUUUAGAGAUUUUAUUUGUUAUCUAGUUGUGUGUUACAAAUACAAUCUAAUGCUUAAUCAAACUUGCAUGAUGAAAUGAGAAAGAUUUUGCAGAUUUGCUUGAUUAAAGAGAAACUUUGUGUUGCUGAACGUACACGUUAACUGUACAUUCAUUGCUUAUAUAAAGCUGGUGUAAGGAAAAUUCACGUAUGCCUGAUAUACUUCUCAUAUGUUCCUAGAUGUAACCAGGAGUCUAUCAAUAGUAUUGAUAGACUCCUGAUGUAACCACUGAAAAUAAGCUGCUUGGGUAAAAGUGUGAUCCUGUAUACGCAUUCGCCAGAAAACAAAUACAACUGUGUAGUGUUUGUUUUUUGAUUCUGCGAUCAAUCGUUUAUUUAAAAAAAGGAAAUUGGUGCGAUAAGUUGUAUUCUUUAUUCUUAGGGCAUUGUACAGUAGUGCAGGAAGUGCAAUGAUGAACGGUGAUUGGGAGCACAGUUAGGGUUAGUAAUAUGUGGCCUGUAUAAUCAAAUGAAUCUCGACUUCUAGCAGCUAUAAUGGACGAAAGAUGUCGAGUUUAUGCACAAUACGUUAUUGCUGUUCCUAGCAUGUGUGAAAUAUUCCAGCAUUUUGAUGGCUUUGAGUUGGUAAAUAUUCAUUGUUAAUUUUGAUAUCUUUUAUGUAUGGUGACCGUGCAAUCAUAUCAGCAGUGUUCCCCUAAUACCGACUGCUGUUAGGUUAGUCUACAUUAAAGGUAUGUCUAAUCAGUGCACUGAAUUUCGGGAACUUGUGGUUGUUAGGGCUGGUUAGGCUGGUUGUAAGGGCUUUGCACAAAUGGGUGUAUAUAUUUUGGUGUUUGAGGUUUUCUACUGUUAAACGUGUUUAUAUGUAAUAAACAGAAAAAAGGUA